UUACCGCCAUUUGACUGGGAAGACUUUCGACGCCGAUACAGGGCAGAUCUCAAGCAGGUCGACGCCGACGAGACGAGCCUUCUGGACGACUUCGACAAAUUAGCUCAGUCAUUUGUAUUCUGGUCCGACACUGCUGCUAACCGAGAUAAUCUCAGAGCUGCCAAACGCCUUUGCACCCGUGAAAAAUAUGUCGACCUUGCCGAAGAGGCUUUGGCGGAAAAGCAACGAAGAUAUGUUCAAGUUGUUGGUGCUUUCAAGCAAGCUCUCGAGAUGCUG